AUGAAGACGGAGCACUCGACCGCCGUCCAGUCCAAGGCGCGUUCCGCCCUGAGCAGCGCGUCGGAGCACGAGGCGAUCGUCGCGCGGCUCGAGGCGAAGCUGCGCCAGUCCGAGGCCGAGUACCGGUCGGCCCGCUCCGCCAAGCGCGACGCCGAGGCGGAAAAGCUGCGCGCGCAGCUCGCCUCGCUGCGCAAGAUGCUCAAGGAGUCGCACCGCGUGCUCUCGCACCUGAUGAAGCAAGAAAGAAGAGGCGGCGCACCACAGGCGGAGCUGGCCGUCACGCGACGCGACCUCGAGCGGCAGCAGGGCCUCAACGCCGUCUACCUCAAGAACGAGCACAUCCGCCUCGCAAGGGUGCUGGGCACGGUGCUCUCCUUCUCGCCCGAGGAAACGGCCAAGGUGGAGGCGCGGAUCGCAGAGUACUCGGAGUCGUGGUGGGGCGGCCCCGCGAGCCUGCUGCGCGACUCGCAAGCCGACGGCUACGCCGGCCUCACGGGCAGUCUCACCGAGACCAUCACGGCGCUGCCCACCGCACUCAGCUCGUGGUUCUGGGGCGGCGGCACCGCCGCGCCCGCAGCAACAUCGAGGUAUCUUCUUCUCAAUAACAAGGAUGCCACGAAUGCCUGA